UAAUACUUUCUCUCUCUCGAUUCCUCUUGUAGCUUCCCCGUGCUUCUCUACUUGUCCUUCGCCUUCAGAGAGUUCUAGAGAGUUCUAGAAGGAGUUCUAGAAGGUUCUAGAGAGUUCUAGAGGGUUCGAGAGAGUUGGAGGGAGGGGGAGAUGGUGUUCGGGCAGGUGGUGAUCGGGCCUCCGGGCUCCGGGAAGACCACUUACUGCAACGGGAUGUCGCAGUUCCUGAAGCUGAUCGGGAGGAAAGUGGCCGUAAUUAAUCUCGAUCCUGCUAAUGAUGCGUUGCCAUAUGAAUGUGCCGUGAAUAUUGAAGAUCUCAUAAAACUUAGCGAUGUCAUGGUUGAACACUCUCUUGGCCCUAAUGGAGGUCUUGUUUAUUGCAUGGACUACUUGGAGAAAAACAUUGACUGGUUGCAGGCCAAGUUGAAACCACUUCUUGAUGAUCACUAUUUACUAUUCGAUUUUCCUGGCCAAGUUGAGCUUUUCUUUCUUCACUCGAAUGCUAGGAAUGUUAUCGACAAGCUCAUUAAGAAGUUGGAUUUGAGGCUAACAGCUGUCCACCUAGUUGAUGCCCAUCUAUGUUGUGAUCCUGGUAAAUAUGUGAGUGCUCUGCUUCUGUCAUUAUCAACAAUGUUGCAUUUGGAACUCCCUCACAUCAAUGUUUUGUCGAAGAUCGACCUAAUCGAGAGCUAUGGGAAACUAGCGUUCAAUCUCGAUUUCUAUACAGACGUACAAGAUUUGUCCUACUUACAAUAUCAUCUUGAUCAGGAUCCUCGCUCUGCAAAGUACAGAAAACUCACCAAGGAGCUUUGUGACGUAAUAGAUGAUUUUGGCAUUGUUAACUUCACCACCUUAGACAUUCAGGACAAGGAGAGCGUGGGAAAUCUUGUGAAGUUGAUAGAUAAAAGCAAUGGAUAUAUAUUUUCUAGCAUAGAUGGGAGUGUUGUUGAGUUUAGCAAAGUUGCUGCGGCUCCCCUUGACUGGGACUACUACAGAACAGCUGCAGUGCAGGAAAAAUAUAUGAAGGAUGAUGAGUAAUUUCAAGGCUGAGUAAGAGAGGAUAUAUGAAGACAAGAUACCCUAGUGAGCUGACCGAAGUCUUUGGUUAGUGCACUUGGCAGCUUUUCGUUUUAUCAAGGUUUGUCUUGCUCUCGCAGAUCGAAGAAUCGAAGAAUCUGCGCGGAUCUCUUCUCUGAUCACUCUGUUAAGCUAUUGUUUGUUUUAUCAGUUGUCGAAUAUCACUUCAUGCUGUCCCUUGUAAUAUACGGCAAAAAUCGUACGUCUGAAAUGUAUAAUUUUGUUAGUAAGUGGGACUCAAACCAAAGUUUUCGACAUCCCUCUCUAGAGCUGCAAAACACAUUUGCAGAUUGAUAAUUUACUGGAAAUAAUUCCAAUUUGAUAUCCUUAGUGGUGUUACAAGUUCAUGAAUU